CUGAACCAUCCAUUCUUGCAAAAUAUGAAGAUAAUUUGUUUAAGGAUUUAUUUCAAAACUAUGAAAGAUGGGUUCGUCCUGUGGAACACCUUAAUGACAAGAUAAAAAUAAAGUUUGGUCUUGCAAUAUCUCAGUUAGUGGAUGUGGACGAGAAAAAUCAGUUAAUGACUACAAAUGUCUGGUUGAAACAGGAAUGGGUAGAUGUAAAGUUAAGAUGGAAUCCUGAUGACUAUGGUGGAAUAAAAGUCAUCCGUGUCCCUUCAGACUCUCUCUGGACCCCAGAUAUUGUUUUGUUCGAUAAUGCUGAUGGACAUUUUGAGGGCGCCGGUACAAAAACAGUCGUCCGGUUCGACGGCUCUGUGACCUGGACUCCGCCGGCAAACUACAAAAGUUCCUGCACCAUAGAUGUCACGUUCUUCCCAUUCGAUCUCCAAAACUGUUCCAUGAAAUUUGGCUCUUGGACUUACGAUGGGUCCCAGGUUGACAUCAUUUUAGAGGACCAAGAUGUAGACAAGAGAGAUUUUUUUGAUAACGGAGAGUGGGAAAUUGUGAGUGCAACUGGAAGCAAAGGAAACAGAACCGACAGCUGCUGCUGGUAUCCGCAUGUCACUUACUCCUUUGUCAUCAAGCGCCUGCCCCUGUUCUACACCUUGUUCCUUAUCGUGCCCUGCAUCGGCCUCUCACUGUUGACUGUCCUCGUGUUCUAUCUUCCUUCAAGUGAAGGCGAAAAGAUUUGUCUCUGCACUUCAGUCCUUGUGUCCUUGACUGUAUUCCUUCUUGUCAUUGAAGAGAUCAUACCCUCAUCCUCCAAGGUGAUCCCGCUGAUCGGAGAGUAUCUGGUGUUCACCAUGAUCUUCGUGACCCUGUCCAUUAUGGUGACUGUCUUCGCCAUCAACAUCCACCAUCGCUCUUCUUCAACACACAACGCCAUGGCUCCAUGGGUUCGCAGGAUAUUUCUCCACAAGCUUCCAAAAUUGCUCUGCAUGAGAAGUCAUGUCGACAGGUACUUCCCUGAGGAAGAGGAAACUGAGAGCAACAGUCGGCCAGAAUCUUCGAGAAACACUUUGGAAGCUGCACUUGAUUCUAUUCGUUACAUCACCAGCCAUGUCAGGAAGGAGAGCGAUGUCCGUGAGGUUGUUGAAGAUUGGAAAUUCAUAGCCCAGGUUCUUGAUCGCAUGUUUCUGUGGACUUUUCUUCUGGUGUCAGUUAUUGGAUCUCUUGGGCUUUUUGUUCCUGUGAUUUAUAAAUGGGCAAGUAUAAUAGUACCCGUUCAUAUUGGAAAUGCAAAUAAAUGAUAUAAAGAUAUAUAUUUUAUGGCACCAGUAAAAUUAUGAAAAUGUAAACUGUGUUUAAAAUUU